AUGUUGAAUUCUCCGAUUGUGCCGUUGGCAGUGGUAGCGUUGCUAUCCUCUGCGAUCUGUAAGGCACCCGAUAGUGGAUACAGCGCCGCCAAUUCAUCAGACUCGAGCCACUCGAAUACUACGAAAACAGCGAAUUCCACCCGCCCUGCUCCUGACAUGAUCGGAGACUCGGCCACUUAUGCAGCCAACGACAGACGUCGAUUUGGUGCAAACGCUUUCAUUGGAUCUGCUGUCCGAUCGGAUCAACAAGCAGUCUUCAAGUCCCUGAUUGAUGAUGUUAGUGUGAUUGGGAGUCCCGUUCAAACAAAAGUGCUCGACUCGCACAAUUUUGGGUUUCCUAUCGAAGGCCCUAAUUAUGUGCAAAUCAAGUCUGGUGACAGUCGCACCAAGACUUUCUUUGACUCGCCAUCUUCUGGCUUCGUUACCUCCAACGACGGGAUCAGCAAAGAGACCUACGACAGUAAGCCUGGAACCAUGCUAUUUGACCGAGGAGGAUUUUCGAUCUCCUUCAACCUUGAUUCCAAGAAGUUGAACGGGACGCCUGUAAUUCUCGCAUGGACUGAUCAAAUAAUCGGUUUGGACCACUCGCCUUACGCCGACUCGUUCUUAGUCUAUAUCGGUACUCCUGGCAACAUGACACAAGCACAGCUUAUGAUCAAUGAAACUAUCAAUUCCGAUCAUACGAUAGGAAACUCAACCCAAGGAAACUCGACUCAGACGUUGAAGUCUAGCGGUCUCAACCAGCGCGCUAUUGAUAUGUCUAGCUUUAUGGACAAAAAGAUUGUCAUGGAAUUUUUGGUUGCUGAUGAGGGCGACCAAGUUGUUGAUGUUGCUUGUGCGCUUGAUGAUUUCCACUGGCAAUCCAUGGCGGGCAUGGGCUACCACCAGAUGAAUGCUCGCAGUGGAAUCCCCGGGCUGGAUAGUAUUCCCGGCCUUUCUGGCGGUAUCCCUGGCCUCUCUGGCGGCAUCCCUGGCCUCUCUGGCGGCAUUCCUAGCCUAUUGGGUGGCCUUCCCGGACUUUCUGGUGGUUCACACUCCGGUGCAGGUAGUUCGCCUUUUGGCCGCCGUUCGGAUGAUCAGCAAUACAACAAUCAGAACAACUAUCAGCAAUCUGACAACAACUAUCGUUCCAACUAUGGAUCUAACUCUAACCAUCAAACUGGCCAGUACCAAGGCGGCCAACAGCAACAACAAAACGGAGCCGGGUUUAUCCCCCCCUUUGCGGAGCAAUUCAUCCCUGAAGGAGUCAAACAUAUUCUCAGACGUUCAUAUGAUGAAGGCAAUCAGUACCAAGAUCAAUCUCAGUAUAACAACCCCAACUCGCAGUCUGACUCAUACAAUUCCCAACAACAAGGCGGAGCUGGCUUCAUCCCACCAUUUGCCGAGCAAUUCAUUCCUGAAGGAGUCAAGCAUAUCAUCAGACGUGACCAAUAUAAUCAGUACCAAGAUCAAUCUCAGUACAACAACCCCAACUCGCAAUCUGACUCAUACAAUUCUCAACAACAAGGCGGAGCCGGAUUCAUCCCACCCUUUGCCGCGCAAUUCAUUCCUGAAGGAGUCAAGCAUAUCAUUAGACGUGACCAAUAUAAUCAGUACCAAGAUCAAUCUCAGUACAACAACCCCAACUCGCAGUCUGACUCAUACAAUUCUCAACAACAAGGCGGAGCUGGCUUCAUCCCACCCUUUGCCGCGCAAUUCAUUCCUGAAGGAGUCAAGCAUAUCAUUAGACGUGACCAAUAUAAUCAGUACCAAGAUCAAUCUCAGUACAACAACCCCAACUCGCAGUCUGACUCAUACAAUUCUCAACAACAAGGAGGAGCCGGCUUCAUCCCACCCUUUGCCGAGCAAUUCAUUCCUGAAGGAGUUAAGCAUAUCAUCAGACGUGACCAAUAUAAUCAGUACCAAGAUCAAUCACAAUACAACAACCCCAACUCGCAGUCUGACUCAUACAGUUCUCAACAACAAGGCGGAGCCGGAUUCAUCCCACCCUUUGCCGCGCAAUUCAUUCCUGAAGGAGUUAAGCAUAUCAUCAGACGUGACCAAUAUAAUCAGUACCAAGAUCAAUCACAAUACAACAACCCCAACUCGCAGUCUGACUCAUACAGUUCUCAACAACAAGGCGGAGCCGGAUUCAUCCCACCCUUUGCCGCGCAAUUCAUUCCUGAAGGAGUCAAGCAUAUCAUUAGACGUGACCAAUAUAAUCAGUACCAAGAUCAAUCUCAGUACAACAACCCCAACUCGCAGUCUGACUCAAACGGAGCCGGCUUUAUUCCGCCUUUUGCGCAACAGUUUAUACCCGAUGGCGUGAAGCAUAUUCUUCGUCGAUCUGACGGUGAGUACGUUGAAGGUCAUGACAUGGAUGGUCAUCAGUACGGAGGAGGAUUUUCCUAUGGUAGUUCUGCUGGUCAAAAUGGUCAGAAUGGCCAAAUUGCUCGAGAUGGUCAGAAUGGUCAAGGUUCUCAAAAUGGUCAGAAUGCUCAGAACGGUCAAGCUCCUCGAAAUGGCCAGAAUAUUCAAAAUGGUCAAGGUAAUCAAAAUGCUCAAGGUCAAAACGGUCAAGGCAAUCAAAAUGCUCAAGGCGCACAAGGCGCACAAGGUACUCAAAACGGUCAACAGUCUUCCCAACCCUACAGUGGUACAAGCGGCUCAAACUUGCGACAAUCAAACUCAGGUCAAGCCCAAGGUUCUCCGUCCAAUGGCGCAUCUUCAGGACGACAACAAUCGCCGUCUUUUAAUGGGAAUCAAGGUGGAAACAUGAAUGAUCAAAACCAACGCCAGUCUUACACUGAUGGAAACUCCAACGGCAACAACCAACAUCAAGGGUACAACGGUCAUCAUCAACAAGGUGGCGAUCAUGAGAACAACGGGGGAAGCCAAUUCAUUCCUGGAUUCGCCGAGCAAUUUAUCCCUGAUGGUGUCAAGGGCAUUUUCCGUCGAUCUGAUGAUCACAGUCAAGCUAUGGAUGGAUAUCAAAAUACUGGCGGAUAUUCAAGGGGUGGUAGUUCUGGACAAGAUGGGUACAGUUCCUCUCGUCAAUCACAUGGAGGAAACAACGGGAACGCAGCUCAGUCCACCCCAAGUUCCGGAUCCGAUCAAAUGCCUUCUGAAACCUCGCCUAACUCUCAAAAUCGCCAAAACUCGAAUAGCACUGACGCUUCAUCUCAUCCUUCUCAGUCGGAGACUAUGAACAACAACAAAUCACCUGAUGGUAAUACCGCAUCAAAUCAAAACUCUGGAACACCCAGCCCAUCAAACUCCGGCCCAUCGUCCUUGAUCGGUAACAUCCUUGGAGGUUCUUCGGGAGGUCAACCGAGCGCUUCGAACUCACCUUCCGACUCUUCAUCUGGUCAGACCUCCAACUCUUCCACCUCUGGGACAACAUCACCGGAUUCCAACUCCAAAGCGGCUCCUAACUCUACCGCGGCUUCAAACUCUACCCUGGCUUCAAACUCUACCACGCCUUCAAACUCUACCGCGCCUUCAAACUCUACCAUGCCUUCAAACUCUACCAAGGGUAACUUUGAUUCUGAGACAACUGGCCAGUCACCAAACCCGGACCAAAUGACGGGCGACACACAAAACCAAGACCGUCCUACUACCAAUCGUCAAGGCUCGACCCAUCCUGAAGGAUCGAGUGGAUAUACUCAUCAAUCUCAGCAUAACGAGGGUGAUGUUGAAUCAGCUCCGAAUGACAAGGAGGGAUAUGCUCACCCUGAUCAUACUGAUGAAAAAUUGAAACGUCGUCAAUUCAUUCCAGCUGGCGUUCAAGCGCUAUUUAAUUGA